ACUGUUUAUUGCCACUCUUUCUGCCACCUCUAGCUUGCAUGUCAAAAAAGCCGAAUUUAUUGGGUUUUUUGUUGUUUAAAUAGUUUUGAAAUGGCGGCAGGUCCAAUUGCUGAACGCAACCAAGAUGCCACCAUCUACGCCGGCGGUCUGGACGACAAGGUGUCGGAAACGCUGCUCUGGGAGCUCUUCGUGCAGGCGGGACCCGUGGUUAAUGUGCACAUGCCCAAGGACCGCGUGACACAGAUGCACCAGGGAUACGGAUUUGUGGAGUUCCUCAGCGAGGAAGACGCCGACUAUGCCAUCAAAAUCAUGAACAUGAUCAAGCUGUACGGCAAGCCCAUAAGAGUGAACAAGGCGUCAGCUCACCAAAAGAACCUCGAUGUUGGCGCCAACAUUUUCAUAGGCAACCUGGACGUGGAGGUGGACGAGAAACUGCUGUAUGAUACCUUCUCCGCCUUCGGUGUUAUCCUGCAGACGCCCAAGAUCAUGCGCGACCCGGAGACGGGCAAGUCCAAGAGCUUCGCCUUCAUUAACUUUGCCAGUUUCGAGGCAAGCGACGCCGCCAUGGAUGCCAUGAAUGGUCAGUACUUGUGCAAUCGCCCAGUAUCCGUGUCCUAUGCCUUCAAGAAGGACCACAAGGGCGAGCGUCAUGGAUCGGCGGCGGAGCGAUUGCUGGCAGCGCAAAAUCCAUCGGCGCACGCUGAUCGUCCUCAUCAGCUCUUCGCCGACGCUCCCGUCAAUCAGAACAUGAUGCCUGGCAUGCCGGGACAGAUGAUGCCGCCUCCCAUGAUGGCCCCGCCACCGGCAGUGGUGCCGGUAUCGAAUAACAAUAUGGGAAUGAUAGCACCGCCGCCGCCUGUGCCACAGCCAGCUCCGUUCCCAGCCACGAUACCGCCGCCGCCGCUGCCACCGAUGUCCGGUGGCCAGCCGCCACUGCCACCGACCAUGGGCAUACCGCCGCCACCUCGCAUGAUGCCGACAAAUGCCUGGGCACCGCCCGGUAUGCCAGCGCCGCCGCCACGACCGCCGCCCACCAACUGGCGUCCACCGCCCGUGCCGUUUGCUCCAGCGCCAUUUGCACGACCCUACCAACCGGAUGGCUACCAGUACUAGGUCCCAACUAAUUCUAGCAAGUAAUUUAUACGCGAAAUCGGACGAGACGCAUGAAGUUUUGUAAAUGUAAUAGUAAUAGGACAAGGCAUACGAAAUAUGCCUCGUAUCUCCAUUUUUUACAAUCCUCGAGUGACCACGGAGCACGGCUUGGUGCUUGGUGGUAUCAGAGACGUCACAAAAUAAAUUGCAAUACGAUUUACAAAUUUCUGGCUUUCAGUUUACUUAAGAAUUUUAAAUAUUUCCAAAUAUUUUCUGUCUCUCUUUGCAAAGUGUAAAUGUAAAUCAGAUUUAACGUUUAAAAACUACCAAAAAUAAGAACAGUAAAAUAUGUGACAUUUAAAAACUAAAAAAGUCACUGAAUUAAAACAAAAUAUUAAAGAAUUUUUUUAUAAUCCGGCUCACAACUCAGGGAGUAGAAAAUCACAUCUGUUUGUAUUUCUAGUUUAAAAACAAGAUAGAAAUGACUUAUUAUCAAUAUAAACUUUCUUUUUCAAAACUAAA